AUGAUUCUGAUGUACUACCCGACCUACGACCCCGAGGCAAAAUUCAACUCCAUUGGCCACCGCCAGUGCCGUGGAGUCUUUCACCCUGCCACCUAUGAAGGCGGGGAGCUUACCCCAGGCGCAGAAUGUUUCCAUGAGAUGUGGAAGAACUGCAAACUCCCACUCUGGGUCCUGCACCCUGGCAUCUACACCAAUUGCGGGCAACUGACGGCAAUGCACACACGCCUUCGUCUACCCGACGACACCAUUACUUUCCCGUACGAUAACGGAGACAAUGAUUGCAACAAGAGCAAUACCGAAGCCGCAAAGCUGUUGUAA